ACCCCAUCUUUCAGUGUAGUUGUUUUCUGUUUUCAUGUGGGAGAGAACUGGUAGAAAUUAUUGGAGAGGAAGGAUCCCCUGGACGCUAAUAAUCGUUUAAAAUAAAUCCACACAGUGCUAAAAAUGACUGAGUACUCACACGUGAAAUCUACCAAACUUGUCUUGAAAGGUUUAAAGGACAAAAAGAAAAAGAAGCACAAAGACAAGAAGAGAAAGAGGGAAGAUGAAGCAGAUAAAGAUGACAUUAUUGGUCGGUGGUGGGCAGUUCGUAAUUUUGGAGAAAUUACUGGAACAGUUGCCAUCGAGAUGCAGAAUUAUUCUUACGUACACGCUCUGGACACGGGACUGUUCACUGUGGGCGCACCUCACAAAGAUGAUGAAGGCCCCGAUCCUCCGGAGCAGUUUACCGCCAUCAAGCUCUCUGACUCCAGGAUAGCCCUGAAGUCGGGGUACGGGAAAUACCUGGGGAUCACCUCCGAGGGCACGGUGGUGGGCCGCUCCGACGCCAUCGGCUCCCGGGAACAGUGGGAGCCCGUGUUCCAGGACGGUAAAAUGGCGCUGAUGGCGGCCAACAGCUGCUUCAUCUCCUACAGCGAGAGCGGGGACAUCGUCGCCGGGAGCAAGACGGCGGGGGAAGAGGAGAUGGUGAAGAUCAGGUCCUGUGCUGAGCAGGAGAUCAAGAGAAACGACGACAUCGCGGACGAAGACCGGGGAAACGUGAAGAACUGUGAGAUAAACUAUGUGAAGAAGUUCCAGAGUUUCCAGGACCGCAGGCUAAGAGUGAACGAGGGAGACAGCGAGACGCUGAAGAAGGCAAGGACGGACGGGAAGUUUCACGAAGCUUUAUUAGAUCGGAGAGCCAAGAUGAAGGCUGACAGAUACUGCAAAUGAGGAUAUGGUGACUGUUUGGCCAAGGAAGUCUGAUAGAUAUUUUAAGACAGUGCUGCCAGUUUUUUUUUUUUUUUUUCUAUUAAAUUUUUUUAUUUUUGUUUUGUUUUCCCAACUCAUGUUUCAUGCAGUUUUCAGAAUAUUACUUUAGAAAUAUAUGUAUUUUAUUACAAGUGUUUGAACAAGUAGACUGUUUUAUGAACAGUUUUGUCAUGUCAUUUGUUCAUUUGAGUGCUGUCUACAUCAUUUUGUCCAGAUUUAAAUAAAUGAAAUUGUUUACUGGUUAUUCAA